AUGAAAUUGCUUGUCGAGUUUGCUAUAUUGUCGUUGCUGUUUUGGAUUGCCCGUCCAACAUCUGGGCAAAUUCUCCGCAUAGGACACUGCCCAUCCUUUUCCGUUCUUAAGGAUUUUGAAAUGGACAAGUACUUGGGGACCUGGUACCAAAUCGAACGCUACUUCUCCUUCCCCGGAAUGGGCGGUAAAUGUUGGACCCAAACUUAUUAUCCGGAUCCUGAAGUGGAAGGGCGCUACAAGUUGCGGAUGGAUUAUCGCGAUUUCGUGGUGGAAAAUAAAAUGACGACUGAAAUGGAUAUCUACCAAGAUAUGGCUGACGAUCCAGCCACAUUGACUAGCCAACUGUUCAGCAUGCCAUUUACUGCGGACGACUAUCAAGUGUUGAGUACCGAUUACACAAACUAUGCCGUAGAAUAUCGUUGCGAAGAUCGUGGACUAUUCCAGCGUCGAGAGUCCUUGUGGUUACUCUCUAGAUCACCGUUUCCGAAACCAUGGAUCAUGAAAGAAGCCAGGAGUGUCGUUGCUAGUCUUGGCCUUAAAAUGUCCAGCCUUCGACCAGUGACACAAGAUUGUUAUCUUCCUCAUCGGGGUCUAAUUCGGCCCCACUUGCAACAUACAAUCAACAGAAACAAUUUCAUUCAGAUGUACUCUCGAGCACCUCCCAGUCAGAAGCAUCAUAAAUUUAUUGAACUUCCGAGACACCCCCAUUUUGAUGCUGCUCCAGCCCUCAGCGUGCCGGAACGAUCUUCACUAUAA